CCGUGCUGCCGGCGGGGCGGGGAGCGGAGGCGGGCGGAGGGCGCUGUCCGCGCCGGGCUAGGCCCUGCGGGCGAGCGGAGCCCGCGGUCAGCGAGUUCGCUCGGGGGCACGGCGGAGCACCGGGGAAUCGCCGGCUGCCGGAGGAGGCUUUAGGCCAGUGGAGCGCUCUAAGUGGGUCAAGAGCACCGAAUCUUGGACUGUAACCUUCCCAAGCUUGAAUACAAACACCAAGAACCAGGGAGGAAUUUGAGAGCCAAGACAUAAUCAGCCAAACUGAACCAAGAGGAAGGAGAAUAUUUGAGAAGGCCUCCAGCAUCUCAUGAACGAACCAACGGAACUCGAUAAUGCUGGUUCCCCAGAGCCAGGUCUGCGGCUCAGAAGAGGACACAUGUCUGACACUGCAACAACACAGGCAGCCUUUGAAGAGGACAGCUCUCAACAGAGGCUUCUUCUAGUGGAGCCUCCACUGUCUUCUGACCAGGAAAAUUGUUCUGAGGAUAAUAAACACAAUGAUGAGCCACCUCAAGAAGAUGAAGGUUUUAUGGGAAUGUCACCUCUUCUACAAGCCCACCAUGCUAUGGAGAGAAUGGAAGAAUUCGUGUGUAAGGUGUGGGAGGGCCGAUGGAGGGUGAUUGCCCACGACGUUCUGCCUGACUGGCUGAAGGACAAUGACUACCUGCUGCAUGGACACAGACCACCCAUGCCUUCCUUCCGGGCUUGUUUCAAGAGCAUCUUCAGAAUACACACAGAGACUGGCAACAUCUGGACACAUCUCCUAGGAUGUGUGUUCUUCCUUUGUCUGGGAAUCUUCUACAUGUUCCGGCCAAACAUGUCCUUCGUAGCACCUGUGCAGGAGAAAGUGGUCGUUGGAUUGUUCUUACUGGGAGCCAUACUCUGCCUCUCCUUCUCAUGGCUCUUCCACACAGUUUAUUGCCACUCAGAAGGUGUUUCCCGGCUCUUCUCCAAGCUGGAUUAUUCUGGCAUUGCACUUCUCAUAAUGGGCAGCUUUGUACCAUGGCUGUACUACUCAUUCUAUUGCAACCCUCAGCCUUGCUUCAUCUACUUGAUUGUGAUUUGUGUCCUGGGCAUUGCAGCCAUAAUUGUCUCACAAUGGGACAUGUUUGCCACCCCUGAAUACCGGGGUGUAAGGGCAGGAGUAUUUCUAGGUCUGGGUCUUAGUGGGGUAAUUCCCACUCUGCACUUUGUCAUCUCUGAGGGGCUCCUGAAAGCAGCCACAAUGGGGCAGAUAGGCUGGCUGGCACUCAUGGCAUGCCUGUACAUCACUGGUGCUGCACUAUAUGCCGCCCGCAUCCCGGAGAGAUUCUUCCCUGGCAAGUGUGACAUCUGGUUCCACUCCCAUCAGCUGUUCCACGUGUUUGUCGUGGCUGGCGCUUUCGUGCACUUCCACGGGGUCUCCAACCUGCAGGAGUUCCGCUUCACGGUCGGAGGGGGCUGCACAGAGGAGGAUGGGAUGCAGUAGGAGCAGCCUUCAGCCCAAGGUCAGAACCAAAAGAGAGGCGCCGGCGCGGGCCAAGCAGCCGGGCUUAGCAAAAGGAAUACCUAAGAAGAAUCCAAGUUUCAGCUGAUGAGGCGUGGAGCUUCACGGGGAUUCUGACUAACCAAGAUAAAUUCUAUACCUCAAGCAAUGGAAUAAAUCAAUUUGAAGACCAGGAAAUUCUGAAAACCUAAUUUAUUCUUGGGAUCUACAGAUUGAGCUACAGAGGACCCUUUCCAAAUCGGCUUCUGUUCAAUGCCAUAUUUAUUUGUAGAACUGGGGAGGGAUAGCUUAGCAGUUUCCUUUUUUUUAAAAAAAGAAAAAAAAAAAGUCAAGGUUAAAUUUAUAUCCUCUUGGAGGGUUUGGGCGUUGAUUUUAGAUGCUCUUUUGGGAGAAAAACAAAAUGUAAAUAAGAUUUCUAACUUUCUGUUUAAAUAAAAUUUAUAUAAAUGUUUUAAACAAUGGGUGGGGGGAAAAGGGUUUUUGUAAAGAAUGCAACAUGCAAGUACCACACACUGUUUCAAUUUUGCACAAAAUAAACGAUUGCAGGAGGACCAGGUAAAAUUCCCAGGAGUGAAGCAUGCUGGCCCUGUAGAUUUUCCUAGUGGCCAGCAUGCCCUGGGCAAUGUGGGGUCCUGGCCAGCACCUGGAGUAGGUUCAGGACAUGUACAGGAGGGUUGUGAAGGCUGGAUUAAUCAUGGUGUCAUCCAGGUCACAGUGUGAGCAAAUGGAUUUGCUCCAGUGCCUGGAAAGGAGCAUCUGCUCCUUGCCUGAGUGUGGGGGACAGCUGCAUUCCCAGCCUGUGUGCAGUGGAAGGUUUGGGAUAAUGAAUCCUACAUUGGCUGGUUUGGGUCUCAUCACAGGAACUGGAGCACGCUGGGAUAACUGCAUGUGAAAUGGCAAACAGUCCAAGUCCAUCAGUGCCUGCCUGCACCCAGAGGCCCACGGGGAGAGGAUGGUUGCCAUUUGCAAGCCUGCUUCGUUUGCUCUGAGCGAUGAUGGUCAUAGACUUGUCAGAGGAUUGUUGAGCAUGUGAGGGGAAGCAGAGGUGGGGUUAAGAUGGACUGGAAAGAGGAAGCUGUGUGCUUCAGGACUUGGAGUUAACAGGCACUGCAGACCUCAGGCACAUUACCAUCCUGUGUGUCAGGCUCCAUAUGCCAAGGCAGUUUGCAGGUUGUUCUUUUAAGGAGGAAUAGAUCCCUAUUUUCUUUUUUUUUUUUUUUUUUUAAUUUUCUUUUGGUUCUUAGGUCUGCUUUCCAUCUGUGCUUUAGCAAUGGGACUGCUGGUAUUUCUUAAGCCUAAACCUGAGAGUUCAGCUGGAUUGCUGUGGUGCAGACACACCUCCUAUAUAAGGGGAGGCAAAUACCCUUCUCCUGUGUAAUUGAUGUAGCUUGAGCUUUGGAGCCCAGUCAGGAGCCAGACUGAAGGAGAAUCUUUGGAGUCAUAAGGUGAAACUUGAACAUUUUGUUUGUUAUGGCACAGGUAUUGCUUGGAGGCUUUAGCUGGAAAUUCAGAGCAAUUACCUCUCUCACAGAUGAGUUAAACAGCUCAUACCUUGCAGUAUUUCACAGGGAAGGAAGGUAAAGGGUGGUUGGUUAUUGUGUGGGGUGGUUUUUUGUUGUUGUUGUGUUUUGUUUUUGUUUUUUUUUUUUUUUAGAUUCCCUCAAGUUUCAGUUUUUAUUCUUCAAGGGGAAAGAGAUGGAUUUCAAAGAUCUUCCAUACCCUGGAUGUCACAGUGUGUUUUGGGGAGUUGCUUUGUCUGAUGGAGUCAGGUAGAAGCAGAAUGCCCUCCUAAAGCCGAGUGGGCAUUAAGGCUUCACCCCUGGAGUGGAGUAAAGCCUCUGAGAGCAAGGUCAGCUGCAGAAGGCAGCAGGCAGCAGCCUGCAAGUUUUAGAGGGAUGUGUUCUCAGCAGGAUCCUGACACUGGAUGCCUGUAGGGCUGGAAGAAGUUUAUCCCAGGUCUGUGGUAUUUAAAUGAAGGAAAGGGCAGUGUUACCUUGGAUGUAAGGGCUAAUAGCACUGGCAUCCCAGACAGACUGGGGAGGUGCCCAGAGGAAGUGUGCUGGUGUCUGAGCCAAGUGUGGUACAUAUCAGAAUCAGAGCUGGCUGGAAGGUGCUUUGGGAUACCUCUGAACAGUACCAGCAGAAGCAGCAGCCUCCAUCCUGGAUCAUCCCACGUUCACUCCUCUAAGGGUGAUUGUAACCUGGUCCUACACAGCACAGAACUAUUACAAAAACACAGUACUCCACCUGCUAUUCUUAACCCAGUCUCUCUGUUCAAGAAGUUUGUGUGUUCCAAUAAAAACAACCUAGCUGUGCACUUUUCUGUAGCUUUUGCUGAGAACUCUUCCCAGGUUGGCACCUGAAUGCCUUACUCUCAGCAGUCAGAGGCUUGCUUGCUCUGUGUGCAGGUUAUUGCCAUAGAAUAGUUAGGACCUACAGCUUCUUUCCUUCCCCAUUAAAUAGUGGCCUUGUUCAGUAUAUUUCUUUUUAACAAUUGCUUACUGUUGGAAGCAAUGAAGCACAUUCUGGGGUUUUGAUGGCUGGGGACUCUGGUGAUGGUUCCAUAUAAGAUGGGAUCUUAUUACUUGCUGUAUUCUUAACUUCUGCUAAUAAAAGAACCAAAUUGA